UCUUUCCUUUCUUUCAACAGUGGCAGACCUGAUCUCUUCUGAGCUACUUGCAGACUCUGGGCCAUUGAGACGUUGACUUUGGCAGACAGUUACCAUUCAUUCCUUGGAUCAUACCUGCCCUUUCUCUCACCAUCCCCUCCUGCCCUUCCCUCUAAUAAAACUCCAGUGUGUCACAGUCCUGCUAUGGAGCCCAGGGAGUCCUUGAGCAGCUCCCGUCAAAGGGGAGGUGAGGCAGAUUUUCUGCCAGCCUCUGUGUCCUCUGCCAAACCACCAUCUGCCUCCAGCUGCACAGGGGAGACAGUGCUGCCAACAGCUGGCUCGGGGAAAGGGAUUCCGGUGAGCGGGGAGCGUAUGGAGCCUGAAGAAGAGGAUGAGAUGGGUUCUGGGAGAGACGUGGAUUCCACUUCCAAUGCAGACAGCGAGAAGUGGGUGGCAGGAGAUGGGCUAGAGGAGCAGGAGUUUUCCAUCAAAGAGGCAAACUUCACAGAAGGGAGUUUGAAACUGAAGAUCCAGACGACCAAGAGAGCUAAGAAACCCCCAAAGAACUUGGAGAACUAUAUUUGCCCACCAGAGAUCAAAAUCACCAUCAAGCAGUCCGGGGAGCAGAAGCUUUCCAGAGCUGGGAAAAAUAGCAAAGCUGCUAAAGAAGAGGACAGAGGACACUCCAAAAAGAAGGGAAAAGUCAUUGGAGAUGCAAAACUGCUCAUGAGCUGUGGUUGCAGAAAAGGGAAAAAUGCUCAAAUGAAAGACUCCGAUCAGAACCAAAUGAAGAAUUUGGGAAGAGAGUGUGGGUUCCCUGUGCAGAGUCUGGUGACGAAAUCCAUGAAUAAGGUUUAUGACAGGCCACAGAAACAUUCUACCCUGCACUAUGAUCCAGGCCUCCAACAAGACUUCACCAGUGAUACCUUAAAAUCAAAGCACCAGCAGAAAAGUAGCAACCAGCACCAUCUUGACUGGUUGGCAAGCUCCAAUACCGGAUCCACUUCUCAAAGUUGCUUCAUCAACACAGAACCCAGUCGAGAAGCUGUUAGUGCCACCAAGGUCACUCCUCCAGAGCCAGGAGUUUCCUUCAGUAAAUCCCAAGCAAAGAAGUCCUGUGCCAGCAGCACGUGGGGGCAGCUGUCUGUCAGCAGCAAAGAGCUUGCCAUUUGCAGUGCAGACCCAUCACCCAACAACACUGGUGUGGCUGCUCAGCCAAGCAGUGCCUCCGAGUGCAAUGGGCUUUUGCCUAUUGGUAAUCAAGACGGAGGUAUGCAGCUGGAAGUUCCUGAUCAGUCUGCUGGGAGUACAAAGAAGAAGUCCAGCAAAAAGGACUUGAUAUGUCAAACCAUCCAAACUGCUGACAUUGAGUGGGUGAAGAGCGCUCAGAAAGCGUUUGACAGCAAAUGCCAUGACAGCAUGGAAGGAAAAAAAGAGUCUUAUUCGAUGGACAGUGUGUUGGAUGCAUCACCAUCAAAACCAAAUCCCACUUCUGCUAGCAGCUGUGAAAAUGAUACUAGCCAUGUACGAAUUACUAUCCCAAUAAAGUCUCCAACAACAGAUACAUCCAGCCACAAAAGGAAAAAAAGGCAGUCUACAAAAUCUUCAAUGGAGAAAGCUAUCCAAGAGAAAAGUCUGCCUUCUGGGCUUGCUAUGAGCAGUGAGGUGACAAACAGGACUAUUUCUCAGUCAGAAGGGAAUAGAAAAGAUAUUCGAGUCACAAAGCCAGGGAAAGUGAUUGAAAAUGAGUCCCCCUUAGCAGCUAUUGACAGCAGUGUGCUUAUUGACAGAGCUUCCCCCAACAGUGCCACCAGACUCAGAAAAUCUGUAGCUGUGACAUCUACUCUCCUAUCCACUGAUCUCCCCACAGCUAGUAAACUGUCUGAGGUCCAGCAUCCCAAACUCACAGCUAAACGGCGAUGGACCUGCAGCAAACCUAAAUCUAUCCUUCGGGAGACCUCCAUGAUAACAUCUGAGAAGAUGAUGGUGGAACCUCCUUCAGCCUAUCCCAUCACGCCAUCCAGCCCUCUGUAUACCAAUACAGACAGUCUUACUGUGAUCACACCUGUCAAAAAAAGAGGACGACCAAAGAAACAGCCUUUGCUUACUGUUGAAACCAUUCAUGAGGGAACAUCCACUAGCCCAGUAAGUCCAAUCAAUCGUGAAUUUCCAGGAACAAAGAAAAGAAAGAGGAGACGGAAUCUGGCCAAGUUGGCUCAGAUGGUCCCAGGAGAGGACAAGUCCAUCAGUGAUCUCAAGUUUCACAAAAAGGUUGGAAAGCUUGGGGUCUUGGAUAAGAAGACUAUUAAGACCAUUAAUAAGAUGAAGACCCUUAAGAGGAAGAAUAUUCUCAAUCAGAUUUUGUCCUCCUGCUCCAGCAGCAUAGCUCUGAAAGCGAAAAUCCAGCCACCAUCUAGUGCUGGGCCAACAACCAUUGAUGCCAGACUAGGGAAGCAGAUCAAUGUCAGCAAGAGGGGGACUAUCUACAUUGGUAAAAAACGGGGCAGGAAGCCAAGAGCAGAGCUGCAGCCUCAACCAGAAGAACCUAAGACAGCCAUGAAGCACUCAAGGCCUGUUUCCAGCCAGCCAGAAAACCCAGCAGUGCCUUCCAACCUGCAGUCACUUGUGGCAUCGUCACCAGCAGCUAUUCAUCCGCUUUCGACACAGUUAGCGGGGACUAAUGGCAACCUUAGCCCUGCAAGCACUGAAACAAAUUUUUCAGAGUUAAAAACUAUGCCAAAUCUUCAACCUAUCAGUGCUCUUCCUACAAAAACCCAGAAAGGAAUGCACAGUGGAACUUGGAAGCUGUCUCCACCCAGGUUAAUGGCUAAUUCACCUUCCCACCUUUGUGAAAUAGGUUCUCUAAAAGAAGUUACACUGUCACCGGUGAGUGAGUCUCACAGUGAGGAAACCAUUCCGAGCGACAGUGGGAUAGGUACAGACAACAACAGUACUUCUGACCAGGCUGAGAAAAGCUCAGAAUCCCGCCGGAGAUACUCCUUUGAUUUCUGCACCCUGGACAAUCCAGAGGCUAUCCCAUCUGACACCAGCACAAAAAACAGGCAUGGUCACCGGCAGAAACAUCUCAUUGUGGAUAACUUUCUCUCUCAUGAGAGCAUGAAAAAGCCAAAGCACAAGAGGAAAAGGAAAAGCUUGCAAAACAGAGAUGAUAUCCAGUUUCUGGCAGACCUUGAGGAACUCAUCAAUAAAUUCCAAGUGUUCAGGAUUUCUCAUCGUAGUUACACAUUUUAUCAUGAAAAUCCAUAUCCCAGCAUCUUCAGGAUUAAUUUUGAUCACUAUUACCCUGUGCCAUAUAUCCAAUAUGACCCAUUGCUCUAUCUUCGCAGGACCUCUGACAUGAAGUCUAAGAAGAAGCGUGGUAGACCUGCCAAAACCAAUGACACCAUGACAAAGGUGCCUUUUUUACAAGGGUUCGGUUACCCUAUUCCCAGUGGGAGUUACUAUGCACCCUAUGGAAUGCCUUACACAUCAAUGCCUAUGAUGAAUCUUGGUUACUAUGGUCAGUAUCCAGCUCCUUUGUAUCUGUCUCACACGCUCGGAGCGGCUUCCCCAUUUAUGAGACCUACCGUGCCCCCACCCCAAUUCCAUGCAAGCUCUCAUAUGAAGAUGUCCACCACUGCCAAGCAUAAAGCAAAACAUGGAGUGCACCUACAAACACCUGUGGGAAUGGGCCUUGGAGACAUGCAGUCCUCUUUGGCUCCUCCAAAGGUUGGAGGAACAAGCCUUUCAAGUGGCCGACUUCACAAAAGGAAACACAAACAUAAGCACAAGCAUAAGGAUGAGAGGAUACUGGGGACACAUGAAGAUCUGAGUGGUCUCUUUGCUAGCAAGUCCACUGGCUUCUCCAGUCACUCUAUCAAUGAAAGGCUAAGUGGCUCAGAUAAAGAUCUCUCCUUGCUCAGUGAAAAAAGCAAGCAUAAGGAGAAGCAAAAGCACCAGCAUUGUGAAACUGGACACAAAGGCUCAAAGAGCAACUUUGAAGUGGAUACGCUGUCUACCUUGUCACUUUCUGAUGCCCAGCAGUGGACACAGAGUAAAGAUAAAAGUGAUUCAAGCAAUGAUCCCAUUGACUCUUGCACAAAGAGAUACUCUGGUAAUACUGAGAGUAAUGCAAGGUCAGAGUCCCUGGACAUGUUUGGUGAAAUGAAUUCCUCGAGUGAGAAACGGGAUAAUGAUGGAAGUGGGAAUAAAAGAAGAAGCUUCGAAGGGUUUGGAACUUACAGAGAAAAGGACAUUCAGCCCUUCAGGAUAAAUAGGAAGGAUAGAAGUAUUUAUGAUUCUUCUGCCUCUUCUGGAAUUGUAGGCCCCCACUUAAAAGCAGACCAGACUUCACUUCAUAGUAAAAUGGAAAGUUCUGCCUGUAACGUGAUGACUAGAAGGAAACCAGCAACUGUAGAGAGUGUUACAAUGCCGACUCCAGUAUUAUCUCUCCUACCUUCAUCAUCAGCAACAUCUGAAGCAGCCAGUCCACUGCUGAAAAAAAGGUUCAAGCGCCGUGAAAUUGAAGCAAUCCAGUGUGAGGUGCGCAAGAUGUGUAACUACACCAAGAUCCUGUCCACAAAGAAGAACCUGGAUCACGUAAACAAGAUCUUGAAAGCCAAGCGGCUGCAGAGACAAUCAAAAACAGGCAAUAACUUUGUCAAGAAGCGGAGGGGCCGUCCACGUAAGCAACCUCUCUCCUUUGAUGAAGAUUCCAGAGACCAAAUGCCCGUUCUGGAGAAAUGCAUUGACCUUCCCAGCAAAAGAGGUCAGAAGCCAACACUGAAUCCAUUGCUGUUGGAGCAAGCAGCCACUCAAGACACAAUCAUGGCCACCAUUGAGGCUGUCAUACACAUGGCUCGAGAAACACCACCACCA